AUGUUGCAUCGAAGCACAUCAUCGCGACGCUGUAGAGCAUCGCGGAACAUGACGAACCUUGGCCACACGUCGCCGAUCGCCGGACCAAGAGGACGACGAGCCAGCGUGGCAACCGACAAGCAUGUCGAUUUGCCACCGACGAAUCUUCGAGGAACUAUGGAACGUCAACGUUCGCCCCGGAGCAGUAUCGUGCCCGACAUCGCGUUCGACAUGGGCAACGACAUCGAGGCUAUCAACCACAAGCCUCUGCCGCAGCGAGAUCAAUAUGGCGAUACGCGGAACGCGUUCAACCAGAAGAUCAGUCGAAGCCCGCGAAGCUCCUUGGUCUCGGACGAUUACUACAGAACACCACGGAACGGGAUUCGAAGCUCGCGGAACAGUUUGGUGCCCGAGACCAGUCUGGCGCUGGACAUGUUGUACAGCUCGCGGCACUCGUUGGUCCCGGAGGCACCUCUCAGUCCCAGAAAUUCCCUGAUAUCGGACAUCGUUCACAACAGAAGCUCGAGGAACAGCUUUGUUCCCCUGACCGCCUCGAGGACGUCGCUCAUGUCCGAGAACGGGAAUCCGCCGCCGCCUCGCAGUCCUCGACACUCAUUGAUACCCAAUUCCUUGAGAAGCCCUCGCGAAAGCAUCACCAACAUGGAACUGGUCGACCGCAGUCCCCAGAGAAGCCCGCGAGGUUCCAUAGCCUCGGAGUGUAUGAACCAGAGCCCGAGGAGUUCCAUCGUCCCGUACGAGGUGAACAGAUCCUCGCGGAGCAGUAUCGGCGUGAACGACACGCCCAGAGGAUCGAUCUUGAUCAACGAAGAGGAGGCGAGAAGUCCGCGGCGGAGUAUCGAUCCUGACACGAUCGACAGAACGCCGAGGGGCAGCCUCGGCGGCCUGCAAGACAGAAGAGCCACGAAGGUGAGCCUGGUCGCGCAGGAUCCGAGAAGAGCGUCCGCCGAUCAAGCCAAAAGCUCGCGUCGUAAAUUCAACGAAUAUACCUUUUCGAGACGUUCGUUUAGCAAGCUCCCCAGGCUUACUUCGUUAAGUUGCCAUCUUUUUCGCUCCCCUCGAAAUGUUUUUGACGUAGUUCGCUACCGCAACGCCUCGCGAGAUUGCAAAAUUUGCUGCGAAAUUCAUUCCCGUGGAAAGGGAACGGGAUUCUUGGCGCGAAACGUUCAAAAACUUUUCGAAAAGAUCGAGAUUCUCGCAUCCGUGAAUACCACAGGAAUGAUAGACCGGCUUAGUAUGAACGAGAAUCGAAAUUCGUCGCCGUACCGGCAGAAGGAAGUGAACUCCGGAAGCGUCAAGUCCCGCGGAAGCGCGGUACAGGUCAAUCUAGGAUAUGGAGGGAAUAUCUUCGAAGAUUCUAGGCGAGCCAGCAGCUCCGUAUCGCAA